AAGGAAUAUAUUCUUUCUUGAUCCUCUACGUUCUAUAAACUAAUCAUGGCUGAAUAUCUUGCAAGCAUUUACGGUACUGAAAAGGAUAAGGUCAAUUGUUCCUUUUAUUUCAAGAUUGGGGCCUGUCGCCACGGUGAAAAAUGCUCCAGAAAGCAUGUCAAACCAACAUUUUCUCAAACACUUUUGAUUGCCAACAUGUAUAAAAAUCCCGCAAAUAACGACAACAACAUGGAUACUAACAAUCCACAUAAUCGUUAUCAAAAUCAUUAUAACAAUAACGUACAACAACCACCCACAGCGCUUGAUGAAGAAUCCCUACAGAAAGAUUUUGAUUUAUUCUACGAAGACGUGUUUAUGGAAUUGGCAAAAUUCGGUGAAAUUGAAGAGAUGAUUGUUUGUGACAAUGUAGGCGAUCACUUAGUAGGCAACGUUUAUUGCCAAUAUCGUUAUGAAGAGUCAGCAGGUAAGGCUUGUGAGAAUCUCAACAACCGAUUCUACGCAGGCAGACCACUUUAUGCCGAACUAUCACCUGUGACGGAUUUUAGAGAAGCUUGCUGUCGACAAAAUGAAAUUUCAGAAUGUAACCGUGGAGGCUUCUGCAACUUUAUGCAUUUAAAGCAUCCUUCGCGUCAAUUAAGAAGAGAACUGUAUGAAGGACAGCAAUUGGAUUUGAGGGAGAAGCGAAAUAAAGAAAGACAAGGUAGAAGGGAGGAAUAAUUGGGAAAAAGAAUAUAACGAUAUGUUACAACUACUACCCUUCAGCACGUUUGUGUAAUUGAUACAUUUGAUCCAUUACCAGUAAUAGUAUGCAAUGUAUAUAUUUAUGUCAGUAUCAAUUUUUCUUUAUUCACAAUGCUAUAUAUGUAUACCUCGGUCUCGAAAAAUGUUGUUGGCAUGAAUCGAGGACGAGCAUUGCUUUACAAUUAAAAAAAAAUAAAAAAUAAUUCAUGUGAUUAAGUUCUUGCUAGAUGU